GUGAGGUGAUUAUUUAUCGAUUCAUUGCCUUCUCUCUUAAAUUUCUGACGGAAAAUCGGUUCAUGCUACAGGGGAUUUUGAUCGAAGGUCACUUAUCUAAUCGGGUUUGUGAAGGUCUUAUGGCGAUCCCUUCUGAACAGGCCACGAGCAUUUGCGCUCACUGUGAUAGAGCUAUCCCGGCUCCUAACAUUGAUUUACAUUAUGCACACUGCUCGCGGAACCUGGAGAGAUGCAAAGUUUGUGGAGAUAUGGUUCCAAAAAUUCAUGCCGAGGAGCAUUACUUAAAUGCCCAUGCUCCGGUAGCUUGUUCACUCUGCAGUGAGAUAGUAGAUCGAGAUAUUUUAGCAGUCCAUACGGGUGAAAACUGCCCUCAAAGGAUUGUAACUUGUGAAUACUGUGAGUUUCCAUUGCCUGCAGUGGAUCUCUUCAAGCAUCAGGAAGUAUGUGGGAAUCGAACCGAAUUAUGUCAUCUGUGUAGCAAAUAUAUUAGGCUGCGUGAACGACUUGACCAUGAAAACAGUUGUCCUGGUAGUCCAGAUAUUGCGGCAGGGCCUUCAAGGGAAACAUCCACGAGUGCAUAUGAAAGACAGCAAGGUGCUCACAGAAGGCAACCACAUGAUUUACCAAGGAGACAUCUACUGUUCACAAUUGCAAUAACUGGCAUUGCUGUUCUACUUGGAUCAUUUUUCUUCCAGAGAAAAGUUGAAAACCAUGAACUUCAGUAAUGUUCUUAAAGGUAAACAAGGGUUGAUUUCUCUAACUCUUAUGUUUUUGGCAACUGAAAAACAAUGAAUUUUAGAUGGGAUAAAAAGAUCCCUCAGAUCCAAGUGCCCGAAGUGUAGAGCAAGAGCAGAAACGAGAGAAGCAUGAGCACAAAGUUUUGACAUUCACCAAGUUCCAGAGCACCUCAAGAGUAUAUAUAUAUGUUUAUAUUUCUUAGUGAUAUACAACUAAUGCAAAUCGUAUGCUUCACAUAUUUGAUAGAAAAGAAUUGGAUAAUUUAUACUAGUUGUAUAUAGGUAUGCUAAAAUAUAAAUCAAACAAAUAAAUGAUUUUAUUUGGUUUUGCAAAUAAA